ACAUUACAAAACAGAACAGAACUUUGCUCCCAAACAAAUAUGUAAGAAAAAGAUAAUGCACCUCUCAGAGAUAAACAUAAUACAAGGAAGACAGUAAUGAGAAAUGGAGGCCCAUUAGUCCCUUUAUAAUGCAGUUUUGAGAAGUCUCUGUUUGUAUAUCAGAUCAAAAUUGAAUAGUACAUUACAGAGAGACACAAGCUAAAAAAGAAAACAAACAAAAAGGAGCAAGCUUUGGCAAGAAAUGAGAGCUCUUUAUUCUCUUUCUGCUCUUCUUUUCUUAUUGUUUCUUAUUCAAAGCGUUAAUGGAGAGAACCCUUAUAGAUUCUUCACGUGGAAAGUCACUUAUGGUGACAUUUACCCUCUGGGUGUUAAGCAACAGGGAAUCUUGAUUAAUGGGCAGUUUCCAGGGCCACAAAUUGAUGUUGUUACAAAUGAUAAUCUCAUUAUCAAUGUUUUUAAUUACUUAAGAGAGCCAUUCCUCAUCUCUUGGAAUGGCAUACAACAGAGAAGGAACUCAUGGCAGGAUGGAGUCUAUGGUACCAACUGUCCGAUUUUACCAGGAAGAAACUUCACUUACAUUCUCCAAGUUAAGGACCAAAUUGGUAGCUAUUUCUACUUUCCCUCACUUGGAAUGCACAAGGCUGCUGGUGGUUUUGGUGGCAUCAGAGUAUGGAGCCGUCCUCGGAUUCCUGUACCUUUCCCUCCUCCCUCUGGAGAUUUCACUGUACUAGCUGGGGACUGGUACAAGAGAAAUCACUAUCAAUUGAGACGAAUCUUGGAUGCUGGUCAUGAUCUUCCAUUCCCUGACGGGCUUCUCAUCAAUGGUCGCGGAUGGAAUGGAUACACGUUCACAGUUGAUCCAGUCAAGACAUAUAGGUUCAGAAUAUCAAAUGUGGGCCUUUCAACAUCUAUUAACUUCAGAAUUCAAGGACACAAGAUGAAACUAGUGGAGGUAGAAGGAUCGCAUACACUACAAAAUACCUACUCUGCCCUCGACAUACAUCUUGGUCAGUCCUAUUCUGUCCUGGUCACAGCUGAUCAGCCAGCAAAAGAUUACUACAUUGUUGUUUCUACACGCUUCACUGCUCGUGUACUCACAACAACAGCCAUUCUUCACUAUAGCAAUUCGCGUGAUGGAGUUUCUGGUCCGAUUCCAGGUGGACCAACUACUCAGAUUGAUUGGUCCCUCAACCAGGCCAGAUCAUUACGUUGGAAUCUGACAGCAAGUGGGCCUAGGCCGAACCCACAAGGCUCUUACCACUAUGGAUUGAUCAAAACCAGCCGCACAAUCACUCUUGCAAACUCUGCUCCUCUUAUUAAUCGCAAACAGAGGUUUGCUGUCAACAGUGUCUCUUUUAUUCCUCCAGACACCCCAUUAAAACUUGCAGAUUACUUCAAGAUUCCAGGAGUUUUCAACCUUGGAAGCAUCCCAAGCUACCCGACAUGGGGAAAUGCCUACCUCCAAACCUCAGUGAUGUCUGCUAAUUUCAGGGAAUUCAUUGAGAUUAUUUUCCAAAAUUGGGAGGACUCUGUUCAGUCAUGGCACAUUGAUGGUCAUUCCUUCUUUGUUGUGGGAAUGGAUGGAGGGCAGUGGACAACUGCAAGUAGGGCACGCUAUAAUUUGAGAGAUGCCGUUGCCCGUUGCACCACUCAGGUAUAUCCCAAGUCAUGGACUGCAGUUUACAUGGCGCUGGAUAAUGUGGGAAUGUGGAACAUACGGUCCGAGAACUGGGCUAGGCAAUAUUUGGGGCAGCAGUUGUAUCUCAGGGUUUACUCUCCUGCAAAUUCUUGGAGAGACGAGUUACCAAUCCCGAGGAAUGCUCUUCUCUGCGGUCGGGCCAGAGGCCGUCACACUAGGCCUCUGUGAAUUAGCUUAGAAUAGAUCAUCAUAUUUUUUGUCACGAGCGGGUGACAUGGUUGCUUGAGGAUAAAAGGAGCCACUGUUCCUUUUUCCUUGCGGAAAAUUGUUGUAAUGCAUAAGCUCAACUUGAGCUUUGAGCUGUUUUUCCAUCUGUUAAUUGUUCUUUCUUUGUGUUACCUUAUUCAUUCUCGUCAGUUGGUUACUUGUUGUUUUGCAUUCA